AUGAUCGAAAACAAAGCAGGUGCCGUUACUGCUAGUGUCGAUCAAAUCGAUCGGUCCAGUUCUACAAGCUCGCUGGCCGAGAAGGGCAAUCAAGUUCUUGCCACUGUUGAAACUCAGUCAUCGCUUCGGGAUUUCUCCGCAGAGGAGAUUACUUACCUCUUGAAGAAGUUAGGUUAUGAAAGUCCAGAGGAUGUCUCCUCAGUUCCGCCAGAGAUUGACUAUGUGGGUGGAUUUAUUGCUAAACUCUCACUGGAAGAGUCUAUCCAGAUAAUCAAGAAUGCAGUAGUUGAAUUCUCUGAUGACCCUAAUAUCCCUAGUGAAGAGUAUGCGGAGUUCGAAAGAUUGUCGGACGUGGAGCCCAAGAGUCUAGUCAGUUCUAGUGAAAUUUUCGAGGCCAAAGCUCUGGCAGCUCUUGUUGAGUACCACUCGCCAUACAAGGAAGUAAGGGCAACAGUUGAUCCUUUUGAUGACCCCGACGUCCCCAUUGAAACUGUCAGAUCUUAUGUCUUGGCCCUGAUCUGGGCUAUCGUUGGUUCCGGUUUUAACGAGUUCUUCGCCCACAGACUGAUUCCCAUUUCCCUCUCCACAUCAGCGAUUCAAAUGUUGCUUUUCCCUUGUGGAAGGUUUUGGAGUAGAUUUGUGCCCAAAGUUGGAAUUCCAAUUUGGAAAGGUAAGAAGCUUUAUUUGAAUAUCGACUCUCCUUGGACUGCAAAAGAACAAAUGUUUGCUACCCUUCUCUUUGCAAUCUGUAUGGGAACCUUUUAUACCCACUACAACAUUUUAACUCUCAAAAUGUAUUACAACGAUGAUGUCGACUUUGGCUACCAGUUUUGGCUUUCGAUGGGCGUUCAAUAUAUGGGUUUAGGGUUUGCUGGCAUCUUGAGAAAAUACGUCGUUUAUCCAACUCGAGCAAUUUGGCCAUCUUCUCUCCAGACAAUGGCUUUGAAUAAGGCCCUCUUUAGCAAGUCUAAAGAGGCCGAAGGCAAAGGCAUAACGGGUCAGACUUUCUUUUUUUGGUCUGUUCUCUUUAUGUUCUUUUACACAUGGAUUCCAACGUACCUCAUGAAUUUUCUGAGCGUGUUUAACUGGAUGACAUGGAUUGCUCCCGAAAACUUUAACUUAGGAAUGAUCACAGGAAGCGUCGGUGGGCUGGGUAUUAACCCUAUUUCAUCAUUCGAUUGGAAUACCAUCAACAUGUACUCUCCUCUUCUCACUCCUUUUUUCUCGUACUUUUUGCAAUUGGCAGGUGCAUUUUUGGCAGCUUUGAUUGUCAUUGCCCUUUACUGGUCGAAUUAUUACGACUGCCAGUAUCUUCCAAUAUUCUCAAAUGGCCUGUUCACAAACACAGGGAAACGAUUCAAAAUUACCAAAAUUUUGAACUCAGACUACAAACUCGACAACGAAAAAUACCAAGCUUACUCGCCGCCAUAUUUUUCUGCGGGAAAUAUUUUGGGCUACGGUUCUUUCAUUGCAGUUUAUCCGCUACUGAUAAUAUACCAGUUUAUGACAGAGAGUCACAUUCUCUUAGAUGCCUUCAAAACGUGGAUUUCUGGCACCCUGUCAUUAUUCAAGAAGGAGACGUGGAAGAAUUGGAGUUCUGAAAGUCAUGAGCUCGACCAAUUUAACGACGCACAUAGUAGGAUGAUGAAGAAAUACAAGGAAGUACCUGAAUGGUGGUACUUUUGUGUUUUUCUUGCUUCUUUGAUUAUCGGAAUAUGUGUGAUUGAAAAAUACCACACAAGCACGCCCGUUUGGAGUUUGUUCAUGUCCAUAGGAUUCAACUUUGUAUUUUUGAUCCCUUUGACUAUUCUACAAGCAGUUACGGGAACUUCGUUGGGAUUGAAUGUGCUAAUAGAGAUGAUCAUGGGGUACGCGCUUCCUGGAAACCCUCAAGCGUUGAUGAUCAUAAAAGCUUUCGGUUAUAACAUAGAUGGUCAAGCAGACAACUAUGUUUCUAACCUAAAACUAGGACACUACGCUAAGAUUGCGCCAAUAGCUUUGUUUCGGGGCCAACUGAUAAUGGUGUUCGUGCAAGUCUUCGUCAAUCUUGGGGUCCUCAACUGGUCAAUAUCUAACCUUAAAGAUUACUGUCAACCAAACCAAGCCGCCCAUUUUACGUGCCCUGAUGCUAUAACCUAUUACAACUCAUCAGUGAUGUGGGGUGCAAUGGGUCCAAAGAAAAUCUUCAACGAUGUUUACCCAAUUAUGAAAUGGUGCUGGCUAAUUGGUGCUUGUCUAGGCUUAUUUUUUGGCGUCUGGAAGAAAUACUUGAAGAGAUACUACCCCAAAUGGUUUAAUCCUGUCUUGGUCACGAUUGGUAUGAUCGGUAUGUCUCCGCCCUACAAUUUGUCGUAUUUCAUUCCUGGUGCAUUUGUGAACUUCUUUUCGCAAUAUUACUGCAAAAAAUACCACGUUCGGUUGUGGUCAAAAUUCAACUAUGUGCUCAGUGCUGGAUUUGCCACAGGCUUAGUCUUUUCUUCCAUUGUCAUUUUCUUUGCUGUCCAGUACAACAACUAUGAUCUCAACUGGUGGGGAAAUACCGUGCCAUAUGCCGGAAUUGAUAGCGCGGCUCCAGCAUUGAAAAAUGUCACCUUGACUCCUAAUGGCUAUUUCGGGCCCGGUCCAGGCCACUACCCAUAG